AUGAAUGAAACUGAAUCAUUGAACAACAAAAAGCUUCUGCCACAUAAUUCUUUGGGAUACACUUUUAUUCCAAUGAAAGAAAAAAACGGAAACUCAAAUUUUGAGUCUGGUACAACACUAUAUACAGAUUCAUUUAAGAACAAUUCAAAAAAUCCAUUAGAUAUACCAAUGUCAAAUACAGGAUCUGUACAAUUAAAUAAAUCAGCAUCAAUUGAAUACCCUCUGCAAUCCAGUAUCUCUUCAAGUCCAAUGGUCCUGUCAUCAUCUUCCCCUGAAAAUUUUCUGCUAAAAACAACAACAAAUUCUAAUAUUCCAGAAGAUCUACGUCAUCAGUUUGAAUUAGCAUUAAAAAAGGCUAGGUCAUAUAUAGAGAAAGAAUAUAUAGAUAGAAUACGUCAGGUAGAUACUGAAAAUGCAAUCAAAUUGCAGAAAGAAUUAAACAAAAUCCUUCAAGCUGAGAGAGAAGCUUUAGACAAAGAAAAAAGAGUAUAUGAACAAAGGCUACGAGAACAACUAGAGGAAGAAAUGAAAGUUACCAUAGAGAGAGCUACAGUAGAAUACAAGAGGAAAACGGAUGUAUCUUUAGCAGAAAUGAGAAAGGAUAUGGAGAACCAAUAUAAAUCUCGUCAAAAGGAUAUUGAUGAGGAACUAUGUCGGAGAAAGUUAGCUUUAGAGAAAGAGUAUAAAGAAAGAAUUGAACUUAUUGAAAAUCAGUAUGAAGAAAAGGUUCAAUCACGUAUUGAGAUUGAGAAGGCAAAGUACAGUUCGCAGCAACAGAGCCAAUACAUUGAUAAAGAAAAGGAGUACUUGGAAAGCAAGUUAACUUUGUCGAAUUUACAAGAACAAUUAUCACUAUAUAAACGACAAAAAGAUGAAUUGGAAUCUAUGAGCUCAGCUACAAUUAGUAGUCUUCAGAACUACUUGAAAGAGUUAAAGUCAAAUCAAGAUGUAUACAAGGAUCAGAUCUCGAUAAUGGAAAAAACAAUUUUUGCUUUAAACAAGAAGGAAAAUGAAACUUUAGAGAUGGUUGAAAAAGUAAACAACAAGAUGAAAACAAUGAUUGAAUUUAAAGAAGCAAAAAAAAUAGCAUACUCAGCUUUAUUAAAAGGGAGAGCAAUUCAGAUGUUAGAUGAAUUUACUAAAAGAUAUUUUAAAGUUAAAUAUCUCAAAUAUGGAUUUGAUACGUUCAGGAAGCUACUAUCAUCCGACUUACAUUCAUGUGAGAGUAACAAGAAAGUAAGUCAAGAUAGUAGCAAGCUACUUUAUACUUUGAGGAAGGAACAGCUCAUGCUAUUAGCAGAAAAUGAAAGGUUAACUGAAUUAGUAGACAAUUUAAAAAAAGAACAUAUAAAUGAAUUAAAAAAAACUCAAGAGGCCUUUAUGAUGUACAGAAGAAAUCUAGAUCAGAGCACUAAUAAGAGUCAAAGUGUAGUAGAAUAUGAGCUUAGGAUGACCUUCUUUGCAUAUAUAGUGAGUUGCAAAAGAAAGUUCAUCAUUGCAUUUGCAUUUCGGGAUUUGCUAGUAUAUACAGUCCAAAGUACAUUGAAGAUGAAUCAUAAAGAACUAUCUGUUAAGAAUAAUGUCAUAAAUCGAAUGCAUGAAAUUAACAACAAAGAAACAACUAUAGAUAUCCAUAUAAAAGGAGACAUUCUAUCAAUAUUAUUGCAUUCAAUAUAUAAUCAUAUUAAACUUCGACUGUUGUCAUACUCAUGGAGACAUAUGGCCCUAAGGUCCAAAAGUCCAAUGCUUCAGGCACCUCCAGUAGUUAAGACAGACUAUGUGAAUAAUACAGGACCAAUAGACUCUUUAUAUAUGAGAGAUUUCAUUAAUAGUAUGGGAAAUAAUAGUGUUAUCAAUUUUGCACAUCAACCAAGUUACUAUGCAAAGCUUCCAUCUGUCAAUAAUAUACAAAGCAGAGCAGUUUUUGUGCCUCUUAGAAGAGACAAUCCUAUUUCUUUUGGCUCAUAUUUUCAGUACAGUAAUCAAUUAUCGAAUGACUUUUGUGUAGUUGGGAAGCCACUUGGUAGCUUAACAAAUCAAUCUUUACUUUAA